AUGCUGCCGGACAAGGCGAUCCCCGAACAAUGGAGGACCUUCCUCCACCAAUGUUUGGCCAAUCGUAUCGACGUCGAUGAGUUCACAGACUUAUCAGGGCUGAUGCUCACUCGCGCACCGGUGAAGGAAAAUGAGCUCCUCGACCUGCUCCUCGAAGCUCGCGUUUCUCCCAAAAUCACUUGGGACCCCCUUCUGCCGCUGUAUGUUAAUGGGCUUUGUAGGGUUGGGAGAGUCAAGUCUUCGUCUGCACUGGCGAGUCUGUUGAGGCACUCUUCUAUUGUUGAUUCUGUUGCAUUGCUAGAGGGGGAGCAGCAGGCCUCACCGGCUAAAAAGAAGCAAAAGCUAUCCACUCUCAUGACUGAUAUCAAAGUCAUCCAGGAUGUGAUGAUGUUCAUUUCCACGGGUCCUAUCCCGAAGACCGUUGUCGAGGCAGCGGAUAUUUACUCUGCCAUUGCGGACUGGAUUCUGGCCUUCGUGUCGUGGUACAACCAUAGCCAGGACGGGUCGCAACAAACGGGUGGCUUGAUGGGAUCGCCUGACGCGGUAUCGUUGUUCGAGUCGCUUGGGAUUCUGCUUGCAGCCCUCUCUGGGACCGGUAAAGGACUAGAAGUGCUUUCUGGUGAUCUGAAUCAAGCAUUGAAAACAAAACUGGGUCAGGCUUUAUCCAGCUACUUACCUCUCUGUGUUGAUGUCUCUCCGCAUCUUCGUCAUCGCCUCGAAGAGCUGCAAAAGGUGUUCAAUCUAUACCCCGACCAGCCUCCUAAAGCUUUGGACGAGCCUGCCAUUAAUGGCGUGAAUGUCAAUGCUCUUCAGUUCGAGGCCUCUGUUCUGGACGUCCCAGUUGGGAACACUCGAGCUGGACUCUAUGUUUAUAUCAAUUCGAUGCUUGUGGGACGUCCUUUGGUCGAUGAUACCAUCUUGAUCAACUACCUGACCAAUAGGUAUCAGGGCCACAAUGACGUCCUUAUUGCGGAAAUAAUCACAGCCGCCUUUGAUGUUCUGUCCAACGGCGUGUACCGCAAUGAGUCUAGCCGUACAAUGUUCUUGUUCCGAUCCUUCCUCGUUAACAAGCUCCCUGCUUUCUUUGCAGCCAUCUCAGCCGCAUCCAUGGUGCCGAUAUCUAUGGAACUUUGCAUCAGCCAAGCCUUGAGCCGUCUGGAUCCAAAUGCAUUCCCCUCCUUCUCCCAGAUGUUCUCGAUGCAGGGUAGUAGUAUUCUCUCAGAUGCUCGACAGGAAUUCCUCUUUGCGUGCGCGUCGCACAAACUCAUCCAGGAGUCCAGCAUCGAACAACUUCUUGGAGAGAAUCCCAUGCAGACACUGCCUGGUGGGGGCCCAUAUGUCAAGGAUGAUCUGAUCUCACAAAUUAACAACAAUCAUGAGCGUGCUGAGCAACUCAUUAACGAUAUUGAAUCCAUGGAUGGAAAUGCGGGCGCGAUAGUUGGGGCUGUGAUUGAGGUCAUGCACAACUUGUGUCAUCAAAAAGAGACAAUGACGCUUAAGAACAUCUGUAACUCUCUCUCACGUCGUCCGCAAACUUUGGACGUCAUCUUGCUGUUCCGGACCACAAAGCAGGUCUUGCAGCCUCUAUGCUCUAUUCUCGAUUCCUGGAAAUGGGACGAGGAUCAAGCGGAGAAUCAGCCCGUCUACGACGAAUUUGGUAGUAUUUUGCUAUUGGUUCUCGCUUUCAAGUACCGCUAUGACUUGAGCCCUGCUGAUAUGGGCAUCUCAAGCAACGACUCGUUCUUAUUGAAACUUUUGGACCGAGGUGCUUGCAGCCAGAAGCUGAACGACUUGAGCGAGAAACAGAACAAAGAUCUGGGCACUUGGAUUGAUGCUCUGUUUAUUGCCGAGGGCAUCAGUGAAGAGACAAUGUCGACUUGCAGUCCCCACGAAUUCUACAUGCUUGUAACAACACUCUUCGAUCAAAGUCUCGGUGCAUGCGAGUCUGGGAAGCUGGAUUUCGAUACUUUAAAAGGCGGAUUCGAAUGUAAGGAUACUUUCCCACGGUCGCUUCCCAUGGGCCACUCCACUAACCAUAACACAGAUCUGCUCGAGCCCUUCCUCCUCCCCUCCCUCGUCGUUGCGUUGACAUGGCUGGGCAACCACAUCUGGGAGUCCGAAACCGACCCCACCAUCCCCCUCAAAACCCUCUUGUCCUUAGUCAAACCCAGCUCAAUCUCCGGCGAAGCCCAAGCCAUCCACCAAACAGUCCUGAACAUAGCCGGGCGCCCCUUAGAAGAGCAGCUCAAAAACGUCCGGACCCGAAACCAGUCACGCACAGACAUCAAACCCAUCCUCGACGCUCUAGAGCCAUACCUCUCCUUCCGACGCGUCGGCAGCUGCCACCGAUCAGAACUCGAUACCUGGACCUCCCACACCGCCGGCGGCCUACUCGCCAGCAUCCGCACAACCUUCCACUCCCUCGUUCUCUGGAGCGCAGACCCAGAGAUCAGCAUGGCCCGACACGCAUACACACACCGCCAAGUGCUCGCCGGAAUCCGAAUGCUGGGCGCUACACGCGUUCUAGGCGCGAUCCUCGACGAAGUCAAGCACCAGACAGAAUCGGGUAACGGCCAUAUCGCACUGGAUAUCGCAACGACGAUGGUGUGCGCCCCGAUGACGGAGUCUUUUGCCAUCGACCAGAACAACUACAACCCCGUCGACGCGAGCAAAGAGGCCCUGCCGCGCUGUCCGAUCCUAACGCUCCGAGACGCCCUGGUAUUGCAGCACGAGAACGUCCCCAAGAUCUCAGAAAGCGACCCGCUACGCGCGGAGGUUAUCGUGAGACUUGUGCGCCGGGUGAACAUGCUCAUGGCGCCGCCAUCGCAGGUAUCGAAUAUCGAUGUCUCGAAUAUCAUUCAGAAUAUGCAUCUUGGCGUUGAGGGGCAGGAUCGCAUGGAUCUCGAGCCUUCCGGCGAUGUCACUGGCAGCACCGCUCAGGAUGAGUCGGAUAAUAUCAACCAGAUGCUGGAUAAGGCGGCCGCUGCGGGAGUUGGUAUGGAUGUUGGGCAGGAUAUGGGGCUAGAUGCUGGGGCGGGAAUGGAUGCUAUUGAUGAUGUGCUUAAUGCGGCGGAUAUGGCUGUUGGCAAUCCCGAGUUCUUGGAUUUGGAUAUGGAGGGGAUGUUCUAG